GAAUCACGUGACUCCCAGAUCUAUUUUGUUUACAUAAUCGGUGUUUGUCCUUGCAUGGUUGCAGUCUAAAAUAGCUGUGUAGGGGGGAAUUUAAACAGCACCUUAUUUGCCAUUUAUUGGUAAAAUAUGUCUGUGAAACAUGCCAUCAGCCGGGGGUUUGAGUUAGGGCGAUCGGCUUUGCAAUUUGGUCUCCUAAAACCUGCUGGCCGACUUGCCGCAAAGUUCCGAGGUGAACGACUUCGGGUAGGCCAACCGGUCCGCACCGUUCAGCCUCAGACUUUCCUGCCAGCGCGGUACAGAUAUUACCGUAUGUCGCUGAGAGGUCUCGCCGCUCAGCUCGCAUCUGGUGGUUUUAGGAGAUAUGGGUUCGGCUCACCACGAAACAGGGCUGUAUUUCUGGCUUUUGGUUUUGGUGUGGGACUGAUCGAGCAACAGUUCGAGGAUGACAGGAACAGUGCUGCGACAUGUCAGGAAAUUCAGGAUAUGUUCAGGAAGAAGAAAUUUCAGAGCCCUCUCAAGCCUUUUACCUCAGGAUACAAACUGGAAGACUAUGUUAUUGGGAAGCAAAUUGGCAAAGGCUCCAAUGCAGCAGUGUAUGAAGCUGCGGCUCCGUUCGCUGUUCCAAAGGAGAGUGGCAAGUAUUCCCUUUUAGAGCUGAAUUCUGGGAGAGAUGAAGAAGAGAAAGCCAACUCUUUGGGCAAGUCCUCAGUGGGAAUCUAUCCUCUGGCUGUCAAGAUGAUGUGGAACUUUGGGGCAAGUUCCUCCAGUGAGGCUAUUCUGAGAUCUAUGUCUCAGGAGCUGGUCCCUGCUGGCCCGCUGGCCUUAAACAAGGAAAAGGACCAGAUUGCUCUGGAAGGUCACUUUGGGGACGUUCCCAAAAGGGUGUCUGCUCACCCCAAUGUCAUCCGAGUGUACCGGGCAUUCACAGCGGACGUGCCGCUGUUGCCUGGUGCCCAGGAGGAGUAUCCUGACGUGCUGCCAGCCAGACUCAACCCCAACGGCCUGGGCAACAACCGCACCCUGUUCCUGGUGAUGAAAAACUACCCCUGCACCCUGCGUCAGUUCCUAGCUGUGUCCAGCCCCAGCCGGAGGGAGGGCUCUCUCAUGCUGCUGCAGCUGCUUGAGGGGGUGGACCACCUGUGUAGGCAGGGCAUCGCUCACAGAGACCUCAAGUCAGACAACGUGCUUCUGGAGUUUGACUCAGAUGACUGCCCUCGUUUAGUGAUCACUGAUUUUGGCUGCUGCUUGGCCCAGGAUGACUCCAGUCUGCAGCUGCCCUUCAACAGUGUGUGGGUCAACAGAGGAGGCAACGCCUGUCUGAUGGCGCCUGAGGUGGCCACUGCUGUCCCAGGGCAGGGUGUGGUCAUCGACUACAGCAAGGCGGAUGCCUGGGCCGUGGGGGCCAUCUCCUAUGAGAUAUUUGGCCAGCCCAACCCCUUCUACAGGGUGGGGGGAUUGGAGAGCAGGAGUUUCCAGGAGAACCAGCUUCCUCCUCUGUCUGCCAGUGUGCCAGCAGACAUCCAGCUGGUGGUGAGACUGCUGCUACGGAGGAACCCCAACAAGCGCCCCAGUGCUCGCGUGGCUGCUAACAUGUUGCACCUCAGUCUCUGGGGAAGGAAGGCCUUAGCCAAUCAGGACAGCGCUGGCAUGAAGAGGCUCGCUGAUUGGCUGCUCUGCCAGUCUGCUGUGGUGCUCCUCAGGGGCUGCAGUGGCCCCAGUGGGAGCUCGGUGGAGGCAGAGUUACAAAGGUGUUUCCUGUCGAACCUGGAUCUGGAGGACCUGCGAAUGGCUGUGGGCUUCCUGGUGUAUGGACGAGAGCAGCACCGAGACUGCAUCCUGGCUCACUAGAAUCCUCCCAUCGACAACACCACAACAUGUAGAUAGAGCUCAGAGCUUUUCCUGAUCAUGUAUUCAAGAUAAAAUGUCUAGCCCUACUCAUGGUCAAACUUUAACCCUUUUUGUGGUGAAUAUAUAGAGCACUCAGUGUUCAAAGCUUUUGAAAAGCUAAGCACCUACUAAUGUGUGGCUGUCUACUCUCAGUUCAUAUUGAGUUUAAUUUUAUCUCGCAAUGGUUUGCACUUUAUGCCAAUUUGCACAUUCAAAGUGCGAGGUUCAUGCUUGAUUGGCUUGUACCACUAUUACCAAUGUGUUAAUUAUUCAAUAUGGGUUCGUCAUAUGAUCAUCAUGGCAACUUUUAACAAUACUUGUAAUAAAGUGCAUAGCUUCUUUUUUAAUAUUCAUAGGACAUUUGUUUGUAAUCUUGUGUGGACAUUUUUGUCGUUCAAAAUGUGUGUCCUUUUGGUUCACCAUGAUUGAAUGUGCACGAUCCUGGAAAUGUUGGUUGUAGACAAAUUGGCUACCACUUCAAACAAUGAAUCUUGAGAAUGUAAUGUAAAUCGCCAUACCAUGCACCUCCAAGGAAUUGUUUUUGAGAAAUAUUUACUGUAAAUAAAGUAUUUAAA